AUGGUUCGGAAACAGGAUCCUCCCCGGGAAGCAGCGAAUGCACCGGCCGAUGAUGAUCCAUUCGCGAUGCUGGAGGCCCAGCACUUGAAGGAGAAGUCUGAGGCAUGUUCGAAAGAGACUCCCGAGACUCGGCAGUUCAACAGUGAGUCGGACAGCACGUAUGACUACAUAGCCGACGCCUCAGACGAUACAGCGGAUAUAGCACCAUCACGGAACCGACGGUCACGACAGUCGAGUGCCGUCAGUGAGAGCGACUCAGAGGCUAGCGAGGAUGAACGCUGGGCUCAAGAAAGGGAAGCUCGUCGGAAGCGUGCUCUGGAGGAGAUAGACGAAGAGUACGAGAGCAGGGCCAAGCAGCGUGCAGUGAUGGAGAAAAAUGCUGAGGAGACAUCACGAGUACAGGAGGCUGCGCUGCAGGCGGGGUUCACGCCUCUAGAACGAUACAUCCUCCGUUCGGGGGAAAUUGCAGAAAAAUACAGAGUCAGCGACCUCAAGAUCAAAGAGAAGGUCGGAAGCAGAGAUCGAUCGGGAGAGGAGGCUCCACGCUGUGAGGAUGACGCUUCAUAGUUG